AUGCAUCUUCUUCGGUGGACUGCAUUAGCGAGUGCAUUGGCCGUCGCCCCCGCGGUGGCAGUUCCCUCCAGCUAUGAGACUCGGGAUACAUGCACCGGACCUACAUCAUCCUCUCCCAGCUCCUAUUGGAUGCUGGACCAGGAUCACACCGGAUGGCCACGAGGAUAUGCCCCCCACGUUUCAAAUGCCAACUACCCCGUCUGGCGCAACGUGAAAGACUAUUCCGCCUCUGCUGAUGGAUCGGGUGAUCAGACCAGCAGCAUCCAAAAUGCCAUCAAUGACGAUGGCUCGGGUGGCAGUCGCGCAAGUCAAGGUGUAACCAGAUAUCCUGCUGAAGUCUUUCUGCCUGGUGGCACCUACCAGCUGGGUAGUACUUUGAACUUGCGUGUCGGCACUGUGAUUACUGGUGAUCCUCUUAACCCACCAGUUCUGAAAGCCGCUCCCGGCUUCAACGGUGAUACUCUCAUCAAUGGAUUCGAUAGUCAGAACGGUCAGCCUGAAACUAGUUUCAUGACCCUCUUGCGGAACGUGGUCAUUGAUACCACUGCUCUCAGUGCUGAUAUAAAGAUCACUGCCCUGCAAUGGGGUGUUGCUCAGGGAUCUGGUUUGACUAAUGUCAAGAUCAAGAUGCCGUCUAGCUCCACUGGACAUACCGGUAUCGAUAUCAGUGCCGGAUCAACGAUCGCGGUGACUGAUGUCGACAUCACUGGAGGUGUUGUCGGUAUCAAAAACUCGAACCAGCAGGUCAACUUCAAGAAUAUCUACUUCAGAUAUUGCACGACUGCUUUCAAGGCAGCUGGUGGCCACACCGCUCUUCUGCAGGGUGCGACUUUCGACACUGUUGGAUAUGGAGUUGACAUGACCAGCAACGGGCUUGGAAGCUUGGUCUUACUGGAUUCGAAGUCCACCAACUCCGGUACCGUGGUGAAAUUCCACGACUCCUCUAAUGACGGCGGCAAUCGAAACAGCCAACUGGUCAUUCAAAACCUUGAACACGAUACCAACAAUGCUAUUGCAGUAGACAGCAAUAACAAUGUGAAGCUUGCCGCCACCAGCAAGGUCGAUACUUGGAUCUGGGGCAACCUGACUCCUGGUCAGUACGUCUCGGGCCAAAGCCUCACCACCUCUCGACCCGACAUUCUCUUGUCCAACGGCAAGUACUUCACUCGCGCCCAGCCUACCUACGCCGAAUAUGCCGCGGACCAAGUCGUCAACGUCAAGAACGUAGACGGACAUGAAGUCAAGGGUGACGGAUCCACAGAUGAUGUGGCAUCUCUCAAUGCCAUUCUGGCAGAUAAUGCAGCCAACUGCAAGAUCUCCUACUUCCCAUACGGUGUUUACAUCGUCAAGGAUACUCUGAAGAUCCCAGUGGGAUCUCGCAUUGCAGGUGAAGCCUGGGCCGUUAUUUCUGGCGCAGGCGAUGCCUUCAAAGAUUCCAAGAACCCCAAGCCCGUGGUCCAAGUUGGUCAAUCUGGCGAUGUUGGUACUAUCGAAAUCCAAGAUAUGCGCUUUAGUGUUGCUGAGAUCCUUCCCGGUGCCAUUAUCCUGGAAGUGAACGCUGCAGGCACAAACCCUGGCGACGUGGCAAUGUGGAACACCAUUGUCACUGUUGGCGGCACUGCCGAGACAAGCAUCAAGGACAACUGUGAUAAUCAAGAUACCUCCAAAUGCAUGGCUGCAUUCAUGGUUAUGCACUUGACCAAGUCUUCAUCAGCCUACCUCGAGAACUUCUGGGGCUGGACAGCCGACCACAACCUCGACGGCGGUUCUUCGAAAACGAUCAUCUCCACCGGUCGUGGUAUCCUUGUUGAGGCAACGAAGGGAACCUGGCUCACGGGCACGGGAUCCGAACACCACUGGUUAUACAACUACAAUUUCAAGUCCGCGCAGAACGUCUUCGCAGGCAUGUUGCAGACCGAAAGUCCUUAUAUGCAAGGAAACGGAGCUACGAAGCUCGCACCAGCACCAUGGACCGCUGAGGCCAGCUUUGGUGAUCCGGACUUUUCCUGGUGCGGUGGUGAUGACGGCAAGUGUCGCAGUUCGCUGGCCACCAAUGUUGAUGGCGGCAAGGAUAUCUUCCUCUACAACAGUGCUGCGUGGGCAUUCUUCAAUGGGCAGUGGGAUGGUAAUUAUGGCACCCAAUGCUCAGGAUCUUGUCAAACCAACAUGAUGCGGGUUACCAACAAGCCGGAGAAUCUGGUCUGGUACUCGGUCAAUACUCGGAAGACGGAUGUGAUGAUCUUGGAUGGUGAGAGUAACCCGACGGAGUACAAUCAUCCUGGUGGAUGGGAGGCUAUUAUUCAGGGAUACAGACAGUUCUCUUAG